AUGCUCUCUCGACUCACAACGGCCACGCUGGCCCUAUCUAAGGCCUCUACAUCACGAAUGAUCACAACAACAGCCACUGCAGCAGCAGCUAAACCCAUCCCACAACCUCGAGGUACGAUUCCGGACCCAGAAUCAUUCCUCACCGCAAUUUCACGCACACGCCGCGACCUCGCAUCCAACUCUUCCCUCACCUCUGCCAUCGGAAAGAAAUGGUCCAACAUCUUCACCAUCCGCUCUGAACAGCUAAAGGAGGCAGGAGUCACGGUAAAGAACAGAAGAUUUUUCCUCUGGGCAAGAGAAAAGUUUCGUCAAGGAGCAAACCCAGAGCUGUUCAUCACAGAUGCGAAGCCGAAGAAGAAGGUUCGAGGAUGGGGGCCAAGAGUACAGACGGCUGAACGCAUUCGUGUGCGUGGUGUAAGGAGGUCCGGAGAGAAGUAG